AUGAAGGGGAUUUACAGAGACGGAUACUACGACGGAUCUAUUGAACUACGGGACCUUUUCAACAGGAGAUGCGUUAAAUGUGGCCGGGGGGACUUGGUUCAAGCCAAAACGAUGAGGAUUAGGACGGGAAUUGUUUUUUGGAAUCUCAUCUUUUCACUGAUGUUCACUUGUGUGAAAGGUUUUAUCCAUACUUGUGGAGGCACAUUAAAAGGGAGGAAUGGGACGAUAGAAAGCCCCGGUUUUCCAUAUGGAUAUCCAAAUGGAGCGAACUGUACCUGGGUGAUUGUUGCUGAGGAGGGAAACAGGAUUCAUAUAGUUUUUCAAUCUUUCGCCGUGGAGGAGGAAUAUGACUUUUUAUCUUUGUAUGACGGGCAUCCACACCCGGCUAACUUCAGGACGAGGUUAACAGGAUUUACCAUUCCUCCACCUGUUACCAGUUCUGGUUCCAUUUUUUCGCUGAGGCUUACCAGUGACUUUGCAGUAAGCGCUCAUGGAUUUAAGGUAGCUUAUGAAGAGCUGAGAAGCAGCUCAUGUGGCAACCCGGGAGUUCCACCCAAAGGCAUACUGAAUGGAACUCAGUUCAACGUAGGUGACAAGAUCCGUUACCGGUGUGUCACAGGCUAUGUCCUGGAUGGACAUUCCCUCCUCACCUGUGUGACCAGUGCAGGCGGUGUGUCAGUGUGGGAUUUCCCAGUGCCAAUCUGCAGAGGCGAGGACACGUGCGGUGGCACCCUGAGGGGCUCCAGUGGGCUCAUCUCUAGCUUCGAUUUCCCUGGAGGCCUGGGCAGCAGCGGGGAGUGUAAGUGGACCAUAUUGGCAGAUCCAGGCGACACGAUCUCUCUGGUCUUCACAGAAUUUCAGAUGGAGGAGAAGUCAGAUUACCUGGAAGUAGAAGGAUCUGAACCACCAACCAUCUGGCUAACUGGAAUGAAUAUUCCAGCACCCAUCAUCAGCAACAAAAACUGGCUACGGCUGCACUUUGUAACCGAGAGCAACCACCGUCACAAAGGCUUCAGGGCUCAGUAUCAAGUGAAAAGCUCUGGAGAGCUUAAAUCCAGAGGGGUAAAAUUAUUACCAGGAAAGGACAACACUAACAAACUGUCUUUGAUGAAUGAAGGAGGAAUCAAACAGGUCUCUAAUUACUGCCCUGAUCCAGGGGAGCCGGAGAAUGGCAAACGGAUUGGUUCUGACUUCAGCAUUGGAGCCACUGCUCAGUUUACCUGCGACGAGGACCAUGUGCUGCAGGGUUCCAAAACGAUUACCUGCCAGCGCGUAGCCGAAGUCUUCGCAGCUUGGAGUGAUCAUAGGCCAGUCUGCAAGGUGAAAACAUGUGGGUCAAAUCUACAGGGACCCUCAGGGACUUUUACAUCCCCUAACUUCCCCAUCCAGUAUGAGAGUAACUCCCAGUGUGUGUGGAUCAUCACUGCCAGCGACCCAAACAAGGUUAUUCAGAUCAACUUUGAAGAGUUUGACUUAGAAAUUGGGUAUGAUUCACUUACCAUCGGAGAUGGAGGGGAAGUAGGGGACUCUAAAACUAUAAUUCAAGUGCUGACUGGGAGCUUUGUACCAGAUCUGAUUGUCAGUAUGUCCCAUCAGAUGUGGCUACAUCUCCAGUCUGAUGAGAGUGUUGGUUCAAUAGGCUUCAAGAUCAACUAUAAAGAAAUUGACAAAGAGAGUUGCGGUGACCCUGGCACCCCUCUGUAUGGGUACCAGGAGGGCAGUGGUUUUUUAAAUGGAGAUGUCCUUCGCUUUGAAUGCCAGUUUGGAUUUGAGCUCAUCGGAGAGAGGAUGAUAACCUGCCAGAACAACAAUCAGUGGUCAGCUAAUAUACCCAUCUGCAUAUUCCCCUGUUUCUCCAACUUCACCGCACCCAUGGGGACGGUGCUAUCUCCUGACUAUCCCGAAGGCUACGGGAACAACCUCAACUGUGUGUGGCUGAUUAUCUCUGAGCCGGGCUCUAGGAUUCAUCUGGCCUUCAAUGACUUUGACCUGGAGCCUCCCUAUGACUUCCUUACAAUCAAAGAUGGGGAUCAGUCAGGAGCUACAAUCCUAGGGCGUUUCUCAGGGGCUGAAGUUCCCUCCCACCUGACGUCUAACAGCAAUGUUCUGCAGCUGGAGUUUCAGGCUGAUCACUCUAUGUCUGGGAGAGGCUUCAACAUCACCUACAGCACUUUUGGGCAUAAUGAGUGCCCUGACCCUGGCGUACCUUUGAAUGGUCGGCGCUUUGGGGACAGUUUCCAGUUAGAAAGCACCAUCUCUGUGGUUUGCGAAGAGGGCUUCAUCAAGACCCAGGGAGCUGACACCAUCACAUGCCAUCUAGAGGAGGGGAAGGUGAUGUGGAGCGGGCUCAUUCCCAGAUGUGAAGCGCCUUGUGGGGGGCACUACUCAGGGCCGUCUGGUGUCAUUCUCUCCCCGGGGUGGCCAGGCUACUACAAAGACUCUCUGAGUUGUGAGUGGGUCAUUGAGGCCGAGAUGGGACGCUCCAUCAAGAUUAGCUUUGACAGGUUUCAAACUGAGCUCAGUUAUGACUUUCUGGAAAUACACGAUGGCCCCAACCUGCUCUCUCCUCUGAUUGGCUCGUUCAAUGGAACCCAGGUGCCUCAGUUCCUGUUUAGUAGCAGUAACUUCCUGUAUCUGCUGUUCACCACAGACAACAGUCGAUCAAAUAGUGGCUUCAAAAUCUUCUACGAAGUGGUCACAUUGGACACAUACUCUUGUAUGGACCCUGGUAUUCCAGUGAACGGCAGACGGUUAAGCCAUGACCUGUCCAUCGGCUCCACGGUGUCCUUCCAGUGUGACCCAGGAUACAGACUGAGCCACGAGGAACCACUAGUUUGUGAGAAGAACCACUUUUGGAGCCACUCACUGCCUACAUGUGAUGCGUCAUGUGGUGGGGAUAUCAGAGGGCCUGCGGGAAUCAUCCUAUCACCUGGCUACCCAGAGCUGUAUCCAAACUCUCUGAAUUGUACUUGGACUGUCGAAGUCAGCCAUGGAAAAGGUGUCCAGUUUACUUUUCAUUCCUUCCACCUGGAGGAUCACCAUGACUACCUCCUGAUAACAGAAAACGGCAGCUUCGCACAGCCACUUGCUCGACUCACUGGCUCAGAGAGACCUGCACCAGUUAAUGCCGGACUGUAUGGGAACUUCAAGGCUCAGCUACGCUUCAUUUCAGACUUCUCCAUAUCGCUACAGGGAUUCAACAUCUCCUUCUCAGAGUACAAUCUCGAGCCGUGUCAGGAUCCUGGAGCGCCUCGGUUCGGCUGGCACACGGGCUCCAGGUUUGGCAUCGGUGACUCGCUGUCAUUCUACUGCAACACAGGUUAUCGUCUACAGGGGGCAAAGGAGAUUGUGUGCUUGGGAGGUGGCCGCCGCAUGUGGAGUGCCCCUCUGCCAAGGUGUGUAGCGGAGUGUGGAUCCUCAGUCUCCAGCAAUGAGGGAGUUCUUUUGUCACCAAACUACCCAAAAGACUAUGACAACCGGCAUGAAUGUGUGUACAGCAUUCAGGUCCAAACGGGAAAAGGCAUCAAUAUCACUGCUAUCACUUUUCAGCUUGCACAGGGAGACAUUCUUAAGGUGUACGAUGGUAAAGAUGGUACAGCUCCUCUCCUUGGCACCUAUACAGGCACACUGAUGCAAGGCCUGUCCCUCACCAGCACUUCCAACUAUCUGUGGCUUGAAUUCUACUCAGACCAUGAAUCCACAGCAGUGGGGUUUCGCCUCAUAUACCACAGUUUUGAGCUAUCCCACUGUGAUGAUCCAGGAGUGCCUCAGUUUGGCUUCAAAACCAGUGACCAUGGUCACUUUUCUGGAAGUUCCAUUGAGUUUGGUUGCGAGCAAGGUUACACUCUACACGGCAGUGCCAUACUUAAGUGCAUGACUGGGGAAAGAAGAACAUGGGACAACAGCCUCCCAUCAUGUAUAGCUGAGUGUGGUGGCAGUUUUACAGGUGAGUCUACAGGGCGAAUCCUCUCUCCUGGGUAUCCCUUCCCCUACGACAACAACUUGAGAUGCACUUGGACGAUUGAGGUCGGCUCUGGCAACAUUGUCAGUCUCCAGUUCCUUGCAUUCGACACAGAAGCCUCCCAUGACAUCCUGAAGGUAUGGGAUGGGCCUCCUGAGAAUGAGAUGUCUCUGAAGGAGGUCAGUGGUUCUCUGCUGCCUGAGGGAAUCCACUCCACUCUCAACAUUGUCACUAUUCAAUUCGAGACAGACUUCUAUAUCACCAAGUCUGGUUUUGCCAUUGAUUUCUCAAGUUCGCUUGCGACAGCCUGCAGAGAUCCAGGUAUUCCCAUGAAUGGCAGUCGCAACGGAGAAGGGCGGGAGCCUGGUGACUCUGUGACCUUCUCUUGUGAUCCGGGAUAUGAAUUGCAGGGAGAGAGCAGAAUCACUUGCAUCCAAGUGGAAAAUAGAUACUUCUGGCAACCCAGCCCUCCAAGCUGCAUUGCUCCAUGUGGUGGGAAUGUGACUGGGUCGUCUGGAUUUAUUCUCUCUCCUAACUACCCACACCCCUACCCGCACAGCAAAGACUGCGACUGGCUAAUUGCAGUCCACUCUGACUAUGUAAUUUCCCUGGCUUUCAUCAGCUUCAGCAUUGAACCCAACUAUGAUUUCUUGUACAUCUAUGAUGGACCGGAUAGCGGUGCUCAUCUGAUUGGCAGUUUCCAAGACAGUAAACUUCCAGAGAAGAUUGAGAGCUCUUCCCAUUUCAUGUACUUGGCAUUUCGUAGCGAUGGCUCUGUGAGCUACACUGGCUUUCACUUGGAAUACAAAGCAAAACUGCGGGAGGCUUGUUUUGAUCCAGGGAAUGUAAUGAACGGCACCAGAAUGGGUACAGACUACAAGUUGGGAUCUAUGGUGACAUUUCAUUGUGAGGCUGGCUACCUGCUACAAGGUUACUCUACCCUGACAUGUGUCAUGGGCAACAGCAAGAGACCUGAGUGGGACAGAGCCAAACCAAGUUGUCAAGCUCCCUGCGGAGGUCACUUCACUGGUUCAGAGGGAACUGUUCUGUCCCCAAACUACCCACAUAAUUACACCAGAGGCCAGAGCUGUGUCUACGACAUCUUUGUCCGUGGAGACUUUGUGCUGUUUGGUCAGUUUGUGGUUUUUCAGACUCUGUCCAGUGAUGUGGUUGAGAUCUAUGAUGGACCCUCAACAGAUUCACCCCUUCUCUCGUCGAUAUAUGGAUCACACUCAGGCGACACACUUCCCUUAAGUUCAGGAAACAAGAUAACACUCAAGUUCAACACAAAUGGAACAGAAACAGCCAAAGGAUUUCAUUUUGUUUACCAAGCUGUCCCCCGGACAAGUGCCACUCAGUGUAGCUCAGUCCCUGAGCCUCGGUUUGGGAAGCGGAUAGGGAAUGACUUUGGCAUCGGCAUGGUGGUACUGUUUGAAUGCAGUCCAGGCUACACGCUGCAUGGCGCCAAUGCCAUCAGGUGCGAGGCCGUGCCCAAUGCCCUGGCCCAGUGGAACGGCACUGUUCCCACAUGUAUCGUUCCCUGUGGUGGAGUGUUAACUGACCGCAAAGGGACCAUCCUCUCUCCUGGAUACCCUGAACUAUACGCCCACUAUCUCAACUGUGCCUGGAGAAUCUCUGUUCCCGAGGGAGCUGGCAUACAAAUUCAAGUUGUGACCUUUGCCACAGAACACAACUGGGAUUCACUGGACUUUUUUGACGGAGUUGAUGGUAAUGCUCCAAGGCUCGGUAGCUACUCAGGUACAACAAUUCCCCAACUGCUGAACAGCACGUCCAACAACCUGUACUUGACCUUCCAGUCUGACAUCAGUGUGUCAGCUGCUGGUUUCCACUUGGAAUACACAGCAAUAGGUUUGGAUUCAUGUCCAGAGCCGCUGCCUCCCAUUAAUGGCAAAAAAGUGGGGGAUCGCUACACUGUUGGUGACAUGGUUUCCUUCCAGUGCGAUCAAGGCUUUUCAUUACAGGGUAAUGCAUAUAUUACCUGCAUGCCUGGCCCUGUCAGAAGAUGGAAUUACCCCGUACCUCUGUGUUUAGCUCAGUGUGGAGGCUCUAUGACAGACUUCAGCGGCGUCAUCCUCAGUCCAGGCUUCCCAGGGAAUUACCAGAGCAGCCUGGACUGCAGCUGGAGAGUUCAACUCCCCAUUGGCUUUGGGAUCCAUCUGCAGUUUCUGAACUUCUCCACAGAGCCUGUUCAUGAUUAUUUGGAGGUGCGCUGUGGGAGCCUUGAGACAGGGACAGUGAUUGAUCGGUUCAGCGGCCCUGUGAUGCCCGGUUCUCUCUUUAGCACUACCCACGAAACCACUCUCUUCUUUCAUAGCGACAAUUCCCAGAACAAGCCAGGCUUCCAUAUCAUCUACCAGGCCUACGAGCUACAGAGGUGCCCUGACCCCCAACCUUUCCGUAACGGCAUUGUGAUCGGUCAAGACUACAGCGUGGGAAUGACCAUUUCCUUCGAAUGCCUGCUGGGUUACACUCUUCUAGGAGAGCCCUCUCUGACAUGUUUACAUGGAGUCAGCAGAAAUUGGAAUCACCCCAUACCUCGCUGUGAGGCUCUCUGUGGUGGGAAUAUAACAUCCAUGAAUGGAACAAUUUACUCUCCUGGACACCCUGCUGAGUACCCACACUUCCAGGACUGCAUGUGGACUGUCAGGGUACCUCCAGGCUAUGGCAUCUACAUAAAUUUCUCUGUUAUCAAUACGGAGCCGAUCUAUGACUACAUCACUGUUUGGGAUGGACCCGACCAGUCCUCACCUCAAAUCGGCCAGUUUAGUGGCAGCUCCUUACAGGAUGGCGUGUCCACCACGGCCAAUCAGAUCCUCAUCAAGUUCCACAGUGACUUCAGCACCAGUGGCUUCUUUGAGCUUCACUAUUACGCUUACCAGCUGAGAACUUGUGAGCCACCCCCUCCUGUCGCCAACGCCACUAUCCUAACUGAAGAUGACGAGUUUGAAAUAGGGGACAUUAUUCGGUACGCGUGCCUACCAGGCUUCACCUUGGUGGGCAGUGAGAUUCUGACCUGCAGACUUGGAGAGAGGCUACAGAUGGAUGGACCACCACCAGUCUGUCAAGUGCAAUGCCCAGCCCAUGAGGUGCGUUUUGACUCUACUGGGGUAAUCUUAAGUCCUGGCUAUCCAGAAAACUACCCCAAUCUUCAGAUGUGCUCCUGGUUGAUCAACGUGGAGAAGGGCUACAACAUCACCCUGCACUUUGAGCUCUUUCAGACAGAAAAAGAAUUUGACAUUUUGGAAAUAUUUGAUGGUCCUAACAUCUACAGUCACAGCCUUUCAACACUCAGUGGUGACAUAGAAACACCUUUCAAUCUGACCACCACAGGCCACCAGCUUCUGCUGCGCUGGUCCUCUGACCAUGGCACCAACCGCCGGGGCUUCCACAUCAGAUACGUGGCAAUGUACUGCAGUACCCCAGACUCCCCUCAGCAUGGCUUCGUAGUGAGCCAGACCGGGGGUCAUCUUAACAGCAUGGUGCGCUGGGCCUGCGACAGGGGGUACAAGCUGAUCGGAAAAGGCACAGCUGUGUGCAAGAAGACCACCUAUGACUACUACACCUGGGACGCGCCAGUUCCUGCAUGUCAAGCUGUGUCGUGCGGUGUGCCCAAUGCGCCAGUGAACGGAGGUGUGCUCGCUGCUGAUUAUUCCGUCGGCACACGGGUGACCUACUUCUGCAACAGUGGCUACCGGCUCUCCUCCAAAGAACUGACGACCACAGUCUGCCAGCCAGACGGCACCUGGAGCAAUCACAACAAGAUACCCCGAUGCAUCGUGAUGAUGUGCCCCAGUCUUAGCUCCUUCUCUUUGGACCAUGGGAGAUGGCGUAUAGUCAACGGUUCACACUAUGAAUACAGAACUAAAAUAAUUUUCACCUGCAACCCUGGAUACUACCGUGUUGGCCCUGCCCACAUCCAGUGUCUGGCCAGUGGAAUGUGGAGCUGGAGAAACGAGAGACCUCAGUGCAGAAUCAUCUCUUGUGGCGAUCUUCCUACUCCUCCUAAUGGGAAGAAAAUCGGGACUCAAACUACCUUCGGAGCAUCCGCUAUUUUCAGCUGUAACCCUGGCUAUGUCUUAACUGGAUCCACAGUUAGGGAGUGUCUUCUGUCUGGCCUUUGGAGUGGGAUGGAGACUCAGUGCCUGGCUGGUCACUGUGGCAUUCCUGAGCAGAUUGUGAAUGGGCAGGUGAUCGGAGAGAAUUUUGGCUACAGAGACACGGUGGUUUACCAGUGCAACCCAGGGUUCAGGCUCAUCGGCUCUUCUGUACGGAUCUGUCAGCAGGACCACAACUGGUCUGGACACCUCCCAGUUUGUGUCUCCAUUACAUGUGGCCACCCCGGUAGUCCUAUCUAUGGCCGCACCACAGGCGAUGGCUUCAACUACAAUGAUGUUGUGCGCUUCUCCUGCAACAAAGGCUACACCCUGGAGGGACCCUUCACAGCCCAGUGCCAGGCCAACCGCCAGUGGAGUCAGCAGCCGCCAACAUGCAGAGUGGUUAACUGCACAGAUCCAGGUAUCCCUGCCAACUCUAUCCGAGAGAGUAAGAUUGAACACGGGAAUUUCACAUUUGGGAGUGUUGUCUUCUACGAUUGUAACCCAGGAUAUGAUCUGUUCGGCUCAUCGGUGCUUACCUGCCAGCCAGAGGGCCACUGGGACAAACCUCUUCCAGAAUGCAUCGAGGUAGAUUGUGGCCACCCAGGUACACCACCCAAUACACUGAUGAGUGGGGAGAAGUUUACCUCUGGCUCCACAGUGCGUUACGCCUGCCUUGGAGACCGUCAACUUAUAGGAGACUCAUCGCUCACCUGCCAGCUGAAUGGACACUGGAGUGGUCCACUGCCACACUGCUCAGGCGACUCGACGGGCACCUGUGGGGAUCCUGGCACACCUGCCCAUGCCAGCAGGGAGGUGGGGAACUUCAAAGUGCGCAGCAAGGUGCGCUUCACCUGCGCAGUGGGACAUACACUGUAUGGAUCAGCAGAGAGGAUCUGCUUCCCUAAUGGGACUUGGUCGGGCAAACAGCCUUUCUGCAAGCCUGUGCAGUGUGGGAACCCAGGGACCCCCGCUCAUGGCCGCAUUUCCCGUGUGGACGGCACCACUUUCUCCCACUCCAUUGUGUAUUCAUGUAUUGAAGGAUAUUUUCUCACCGGCUCGCCUACACGCCAGUGUCUGGCAAACGGCACAUGGUCUGGCACACCUCCAAACUGCACAAUGAUCACCUGUGGCGACCCUGGUUUUCCAGCAAACGGACUUCGAUUCGGUGAUGACAUCACAGUGGGCCACAACGUAACAUUCAUGUGCCAACCAGGGUACGUGAUGAUAGGAAGAGACAAUGCCGUCACAAGGAUUUGUACCAACAAUGGAACCUGGAGUGGAACGAUGCCAGUAUGCCAGGUGGUGACAUGUCCAACACCCCCCUCAAUCCCCAAUGGCCUCUUAGAGGGCUCGGUCCUGGAAUGGAGUGCCAGUGUGAGCUACCGCUGUCUACCCGGCUAUGAGCUGUCCUUCCCUGCUGUGGUUACCUGCACAGGAAAUGGGACAUGGAGUGGAGACCUACCUCAGUGUUUGCCAAAGUUCUGUGGAGAUCCAGGUGUGCCUCCUAAAGGAUGGAGAGAAGGGCGCAGUUUCAUCUUCAAGUCAGAGGUGACAUUCACCUGCAGCUCCCCCAAUGUGCUGGUGGGAUCAGCAACGCGCAUGUGCCAGGAGGACGGCACCUGGAGCGGAUCUCAGCCGCGGUGUAUAGAGCCCACGAAAACUACGUGUGAAAAUCCAGGGACACCUGAGAAUGGCUUCAUGAAUUACACUACAGGUUUUAAGGUGGGCAGCAGAAUAUAUUUCCAGUGCCAACAGGGACAUCUACUGCAGGGCUCCACUACAAGGCUGUGUUUGCCAGAUCUCACCUGGACUGGUGUUCAGCCUUCCUGCAUCCCUCACAUCUGCAAGCAGCCCCAGGACCCAGACAAUGCUGACGUCAUGGGUCUAGACCUUCCAUCCUAUGGUUACACCCUGGUGUACACCUGUCAGCCAGGUUAUUUCCUCUCCGGAGGCUCAGAGCACCGUGUCUGCCGCUCUGACGGUAGCUGGACUGGCAAGAUGCCAGUGUGCAGAGCUGGAUCCAAAUCGCAAGAAAAAACUGUCAAACUCGUACCAGGGACGCCAAGUCCUAAAAUGAAGGUUCCUGAUGAUGUGUUUGCCCCUGAUUUCAUCUGGAAGGGCUCCUAUGAUUACAAGGCCCAGAAGCAGCCAAUGAGUUUGACAGUCACAAGCUUUAAUGCCACAACUGGAAAAGUCAAUGUUACUUUAACAGACAGUAGCGUGGAGUUUCUGCUCUCUGGAGUCUACAAACGGCAGGAAGCUCGGUUAAUGCUCUUGCUGUACCAGAUGAGAGCACUGACCCACAGCUCCUUGAGCAGGAUUACUGAUGAGACCUGGGCAAUGGAUGGAUUUGUUUCAGCUGAACCUGAGGGUGGCAGCUAUGUGUUCCAAGGUUUUAUACAGGGUAAAGACUACGGACAGUUUGGACUGCAGCGACUUGGUUUGAGUGUGAGGAAGAAUGUUACACUCACUGACCCUGAAUCCAACGGCUCCUCCAGCAGCAGCUCUGUUGCAGUCGCAAUCCUCGUGCCUUUCUUUGCUCUCAUCUUUGCAGGCCUUGGUUUUUAUCUCUACAAGCAGCGAAAAACAGAUAAGGCGCAGUAUACAGGGUGUUCUGUCCACGAGAACAACAAUGGACAGGCCACAUUUGAGAAUCCCAUGUACAACACAAACACAAAAGCUUCUGAGGGGAAGGUCGUCCGCUUCGACCCCAAUCUCAACACUAUCUGCACCAUGGUUUGAUAUAGAGGAAGACGUACAGAGAGAGAAUCACAUAAAAAAGUUUCUUGUGUUUUUUUCUUCACUGUGGACAAAAAAAAUAUUUUCUCAGCUUCUGAUGACACACAGAUUUACUUAAAAAUAUAAAGCACACUUUCAGCUACAUUAAGAUAGCUGCAAUGGAUAGCAUUCACAAGGUAGAAGAUGAAAGAGGAAAAUAUGUUGGUUCCUGUUCAGAUCCUCCCAUAGUCUGGUGGAGAGAAAUGAUUUUACACUCUGUGAGUGUUAGCUCCUUGACUAAAAAAGCCUCUGGCAACUAGAUAAAAUGGAGUAUUUUAUGCUCUGUAGUAUAAAUAUAGAGGGGUUAUUUCACAAUGCCAAAUAAAAAAUUUAAUGUUUUUCUUUUCAAAUAAAACCAUCCAAGAUCUAGAGAUUUUUUUGUUGUUUUUUUUUUUGUUUUUUUUUCUGUUUUCUUUUUCAGUCUUAGUCCGACUGACAAUUAUUUGUUAUUAUGGAGAAUAGGAGCUUCUCAACUGUGAGUUGAUCAAUGUAAUCUAUUUUCUAUUUUCCAAGCAGUAGGGUGUGUAAGAGGAGCUGAAGUAGCAGAAAAGAAACUGCCUGUCAGUGCUGUAGUCUGUUCAAAGUUAUACGGUCAAUUAUACCUCUUAAUUGGACGGUACCUCCUACUGAUAAGAUAUAUGACCAGGAAUCUAACUACUGAAGUGCAGAACAAUUUUUCGAGUGCCACUGGGAAUGCUAGGGCUUUUAUUAUUACAAUGCAGGCUCUCUAACAGUAGAGUACUUUUUUUUCCACUUGAAAUACAGUCUACAUUAUGUUUAUUACCAAGUUGGGUACAAUUAAUUUGUUUUGGACAGAAAUGCUUAAGCAUGGCCCAUUAAAACUGCUGACUGGCCUGAAAGACUAGUCAAGGCGUUCAGUUUCUUCCAGCAUAUUGGCCAUGUGGGGAUGUAUUUA